AUGAAGAUGAAGUUCACCUUUGUAGAGGACUAUUCCAAGGCGUAUGUUCCACCUAAGUCUCAGUUAAGCCCUAUUUUGGCAACUGAAGCUAUAUAUGAAUAUUGCCAGGAGUUUGUGUUGGCCUUCUAUAUGGAAGAGAAUUUAUCCAAAGUUGAUACAGACAUUGCUACAUACUUUACAAACUGUGAUAUGUAUCCUGGUGCCUAUAUGGAUAAUAAGAUUAAUGACAGUCAAAGUGACAGGAAUAGUCUUGAUAAAGAUGCUAAAACAUACCUGAUAGCCACCAUUUUCUUAUUGUUGUCUUUGGCUUUCCUGGCUCUCCGGUGUCUGCGGGGGUUUUGCUGCCGGCCCUUGCGAUCGCUCCCGUCUUUUCCAGCUUCCGAGGCAAACUACAGAGCGAAAGAGGGAGCGAGGCUGGCAGCGCCUUCAGCUGCUUUCUUAUCGCCGCAGCUCGGUCCUGACUCGGCGGGGACCCGGGCUCGUGCUCCUCAUCAGCCUGCUCAACCCUUUAAAUUCACCAUUUCCGAAUCCUGCGAUCGGAUUAAGGAGGAGUUUCAGUUUUUGCAGGCUCAGUACCACAGUUUAAAGCUAGAAUGUGAAAAACUGGCCAGUGAGAAGACCGAGAUGCAGCGACACUAUGUCAUGUAUUAUGAGAUGUCCUAUGGGUUGAAUAUAGAGAUGCAUAAGCAGGCAGAAAUUGUCAAGAGACUGAAUGCUAUAUGUGCACAAGUCAUUCCCUUCUUAUCCCAAGAGCACCAGCAACAAGUGGUGCAGGCUGUGGAACGGGCCAAGCAAGUGACCAUGGCAGAACUGAACGCAAUCAUUGGGCAGCAACAACUCCAAGCCCAGCAUUUAUCACAUGGACAUGGUCUUCCAGUGCCUCUCACUCCACACCCUUCGGGCUUGCAGCCUCCAACCAUCCCACCAAUUGGCAGCAGUGCUGGUCUCUUAGCUUUGUCCAGUGCACUGGGUGGGCAGUCCCACCUCCCAAUUAAAGAUGAAAAGAAGCAUCACGAAAACGAUCACCAAAGAGACAGAGACUCCAUAAAGAGCUCUUCUGUGUCUCCAUCAGCCAGUUUCAGAACAGCAGAGAAGCACAGAAACUCAACAGAUUACUCUUCAGAGAGUAAAAAGCAGAAAACAGAAGAGAAAGAAAUAGCAACUCGUUAUGACAGCGAUGGUGAAAAGAGUGAUGACAAUUUGGUGGUUGACGUCUCCAAUGAGGAUCCUUCUUCUCCACGAGGCAGCCCAGCACAUUCUCCAAGAGAGAAUGGCUUGGACAAGACCCGACUGCUCAAGAAAGAUGCACCAAUUAGCCCAGCUUCUAUUGCAUCUUCCAGCAGUACUCCUUCCUCCAAAUCCAAAGAACUUAGCCUUAAUGAGAAAUCCACUACUCCUGUGUCUAAAUCAAAUACCCCAACUCCACGGACUGAUGCUCCAACUCCAGGCAGCAAUUCUACUCCUGGAUUGAGGCCAGUGCCUGGAAAACCCCCAGGAGUCGACCCAUUGGCUUCAGGCUUAAGGACCCCCAUGGCAGUACCAUGUCCUUACCCUGGUCCAUUUGGAAUUGUGCCACACGCCGGCAUGAAUGGUGAACUAACCAGUCCAGGAGCUGCGUAUGCUGGUCUACAUAACAUUUCCCCUCAAAUGAGUGCAGCAGCUGCAGCGGCAGCAGCAGCAGCAGCUUACGGGAGGUCUCCAGUGGUUGGUUUUGAUCCACAUCAUCACAUGCGAGUCCCAGGCAUCCCUCCCAGUCUGACAGGCAUCCCAGGAGGAAAACCGGCAUAUUCAUUUCAUGUAAGUGCAGAUGGCCAGAUGCAGCCUGUACCUUUCCCUCCUGAUGCCCUCAUUGGUCCAGGAAUCCCUCGACAUGCUCGCCAAAUCAAUACUCUGAAUCAUGGAGAAGUAGUAUGUGCAGUUACCAUCAGCAACCCGACUAGACAUGUGUACACUGGUGGGAAGGGAUGUGUCAAAGUUUGGGAUAUCAGCCACCCUGGAAACAAGAGCCCUGUCUCUCAGCUGGACUGCCUGAACAGAGAUAACUACAUCCGUUCCUGCAGAUUACUCCCAGAUGGCCGCACCCUGAUAGUUGGUGGGGAAGCCAGCACGUUAUCCAUUUGGGACUUGGCAGCUCCAACUCCACGUAUAAAAGCAGAGCUGACAUCCUCUGCCCCAGCCUGCUACGCUCUAGCUAUCAGCCCUGAUUCCAAGGUCUGCUUCUCCUGCUGUAGCGAUGGGAACAUUGCAGUGUGGGACCUGCACAACCAGACUUUAGUCAGGCAAUUCCAGGGCCACACAGAUGGAGCCAGCUGUAUUGACAUUUCUAAUGAUGGCACCAAGCUCUGGACGGGAGGUUUGGACAAUACAGUCAGAUCCUGGGACCUCAGAGAAGGGAGACAGCUACAACAGCAUGACUUCACAUCACAGAUCUUCUCACUGGGCUAUUGUCCAACUGGUGAAUGGUUGGCAGUAGGAAUGGAGAACAGUAACGUUGAAGUUCUGCAUGUUACUAAACCAGACAAGUAUCAGCUACAUCUUCAUGAGAGCUGUGUGUUAUCGCUCAAAUUUGCUCACUGUGGCAAAUGGUUUGUAAGCACUGGAAAAGAUAAUCUUCUUAAUGCCUGGAGAACACCUUAUGGAGCCAGUAUAUUCCAGUCCAAAGAGUCCUCAUCUGUGCUUAGCUGUGAUAUCUCUGUGGAUGACAAAUACAUUGUCACUGGCUCUGGGGACAAGAAGGCAACAGUCUACGAAGUUAUUUAUUAAAGACAAAUCUGAAUGCAAAAAGGACUCCUCCUCAUAGCACUUUGCUGUAUAUUCCUUUUUUUCCCCCCUACCCAAACUGAGGACCAUCACAGUUAUGGAGUUUAUUUUUUCCUCUCCUAAUUUGCAAUUCAAUUGUGAAUGCUCAUUAAGAACUUGUGAUACCAAAUCUUCAGAUAUCUACUUGGAAGAAGAUGGAAUAAGCAUACUUAACAGUGAACUGAAUCUUUAACUAUGUAUUAUAGCUGUAAUAUAUUUAUUUUUGUUUAAAGAAGGCUUUCUAACAAUGAACUGACUAAAUAAA